GAGUUUGUAUGUUCUCCCCAUGUCUGUAUGGGUUUCCUCCCUCAGUCCAAAGACAUGCUGUUCAGGCAGACUGGUGACUCUUAAGUCACCUAUAGUGUUUGUAAGUAGAGUACCUAGCAGUGUAAGUCACCUUACGUGAAUAAGGUGCGUGCUGAUAACACUACAGAGUGUUCAUUGGAAGUUGCUUUGGAGAAAAAGUAUCUGAUAGAUAAAGGAAUGAUGAUGUUUUUACAUGAAAUUCAGUGUGCUGUUACCUAUGAACCUCUGCUGACACAUAUCUGUUACAAAUGGAGCCAGAUUUGCUAUCCUACCGGGUGUGCAAACCAGCAAGGCCUAAUGACUGGCUUAGAUCAUAAGCAAACCUGAAAUGAGAUGUAAUGUCAUAUGAUCAUAAUAAUAAUGUGCACAAGUAUACAGUGACCCAUAAUAAUAAACUGUGUUAAACUGUAAUUUUGAAAGUGCAUAAAUGUCCAUGUUGCAAUUGUCACACUGGUGGUACUUCUCCAUUCCAGCUCACACUGACUGACAUCUGACUGUGGUCAAAUCACCUCAGCGUACAACCGUGUUCUUAGCUGUAUAAAGCUAAUUUUCACGUUGUCAUACUAGUUUUUAAGAAUAGGACAGCUGUUCAGCUGGGUGAAAGUACUAUUUCUUUGGGCAUGUUGGUGUUUGUGUACAUUUCUGUACACAAAUGUACAUUUAAAUGUACAAUGCGAUACAACUGAAAUAAAUGAAAGCUCCAUAUCAUAUAUCGAUCGACCUGUGUGUGUCCGUGAGACUAGAAGAAGGGCUGCCAGCAGUGUCGUGUUUUUAAGUAAAAUACAUGCAUUAGCAUGCAGUGAAAUAAGUGAGUGAAUGAACCGUCCUUCUUCAAACGAGAAAUGAAGUAGUUUGACCAAAUGCGGUGCUGAGCGGAAUGGUGUGUGUGUGUGUGUGUUGUGUGCUGUAUGGUGCUGCGCUGUCGUGUUACCGUUUGUUAUGGUGUUGGGUUCUGUGUUACAGUAUUACAGCGCACUGACUGAGGUGAGGUGUGGCGGGGACUGGUGUUGUGUUCCCACGCCAUUCUCCGAAGUGAGACCAUCUCCUCCCCUUCCUGACUCUCGGCCAGAGUAUGUGAAACGCUAUCCACAGAGCGGGCUCCCGCACAGCAGUUAUUUUAAAGCUGAGCAACUCGCUGUCUCCGCGGACGAAAUGCCCGCCGCGCGGACGAGCACUCGGCUUGUCUGAAAAACAAUGCGCUGUGUGCUGGCCGCGCGGACCCGCUCGCGCGCCGCCGUUUCCCGCCUCCCCUGAUGUCUCUGCCCGUAGUGCUGCCCGGCUCCUGCUGUCCGGUGGCGGGCGUGUCGCUCGCGUCCCCGCUGGCCGACCCGACGUGCCGAAGCCGCGCUCGCUGCGUGUCCGGCGGCGGCGGCUGCGCGCCGCGCACUCCGGCUCCUCAGUCCCGGCUCUUCCCCGCGCUGCUGCCGGGCCGCCCGCUGCUCUCCCUCGGCUUGCUGCAGCUCGUCCUCGGCUGCUCCAUGGUGGCGUUGUCCUUCGGAGCGCUGUCCCUGAGCAGCUCGCCCCCGAUCCGCACCUCGUGCCCGUUCUGGGCCGGAUCCUCCGUCAUCCUCUCAGGAAUCAUUGGCCUCACAACAUGGAGAAGACCAAUGCUACUUUUGGUGAACCUCUUUGUGCUGCUGUCGGUGGUCUGUGUUCUCCUCAACCUGGCUGGCUUUAUUCUGUGCUGUCAGGGAGCGCAGCUCGUGUCCAGCAUGUCCAGUUGUCAGCUGAGCGACAUCGGGGAUGUGUGUCUGUGCUGUGCAGACAGCCCCAGCACCAAAUGCCCCGAGGAGAAGUUGCUGAAGCUUUACCCAGGACACUCCUGUAAUACCAUGAGGGUCCUCCUCAAGAAAGUGUUGUUUGCCCUCUGUGCCCUAAAUGCUCUGACCACAGCGGUGUGUCUGGUGGCUGCAGCACUACGCUACCUGCAGAUCUUUGCUGCACGGCGCCCCUGCUCUCCGGAUGAACCCCAACCUGUGGUUGAGGAAGGAGAGGAACCGGCCCACGUGCCCGACCCAGAUGAGUUUGUUGCUCCUGCUCCACCUCCCUCUUACUUCUCCACCUUCUAUUCCUACACACCACGACUGGCUCGGAGGAUGUUUGGCAGCAGUGUGAUUCCUCUGCCUCAUAUAUAUGGUGCCAGAAUCAAGGGAGUGGAGGUCUUCUGUCCUCUGGAUCCACCCCCACCUUAUGAAGCAGUCGCUGGGCAACCUGACCACACCUCUCUCCAGGAGUCACAGGUUCAAGUCACUGACCUGACAGAGGGGUUGAGUGAUGGAUCUGGGGCCCGGUGUGGUGCAGGAUCCUUGCACAUGCCAACCCUUCUACAAGGACAGGCCAGACCCUCUAAGGCCUUUCUCCCGGCCUGCAGAAAGGCUUGCAGACAGCAGUUCCGUAGAUCGAACAGUGACCCGGUUCUACAACUGGCUGCCAAGAGCACUGUGCUGAGCUGUGAGGCGGCCACACAAACGGACACCAGGCUGGAAGCUGGUGCGGUGACACUGCGCAGGGGGAGGGGCCCACGUCGGCCCCGCCCCACCUCCAUGGUGGACUACCAGAGUUACCGGGAUACCAAGCAGCUAGUGAGCCGAUUCCUGGAGCAUUCGUCCAGCAGCCUGACACCUGAAGUGCAGGAGCUGGUCGACAGUAUCAAGACCAUGCUACGCUCGGACCAGGAGCACAUGGAGGAGGCCGUGCAGAGCGCCAGCUUCAUCGACAAGGUAAUGACGAAUACACAAGCCCCCCCAGCGCAGCCCCCGCAGCCCCUGCAGCCCCCGCAGCCCCCGCAGCCACAGGCAGCCACAACCUCUCAGACAUUGCCCCAGAGGAAGCGGCCAGGCCUUCUACACCUGCGCAGCUGUGGGGACCUGAGCACCUUUACUAAGGAGGAGCCACAGUCUGCAAACAGCAGGUCAGGGUCUCCAAUGGUUUCCACAACAGGAUCUAGCUCGGGGUCCCGCACGGGGUCUCGGACUGGAUCCCGGGCCGAACACGAACGUCCCCACAGCCUAAUUGGUGUUUUCAGAGAGACCAUUCUUUAACAGGCCACCACUGACAAAAGACUGUGGCCAACAUGGAACUAAGGGAAGGGGGCUCUCCCCUAGUGGACACCCUGGUAGAGGAGCCAUGGCUUCCUGCAGGAUUGCAGCUUUCAGCCACUCCAGACACAAGCACAACACUCAGUACACGAAUCUUUGUGUGUGCUCCUCCCUGUGACUGCGCCAACGGUGCUCUGCAUGUUACUGGUGGUGUCAUAAAGGGGCAUCUCUUCAGCUGCAGUAGAGACUGCACUGCAGACAGGCCACCUCACUGCAUAUAAUCGUUUAAGAUUAGUGCCUUUUACCAGCUGCAAAGGCAGGAGCCAGAGCCUUUGCUUUUGAACUGGGCUUGUACUCUAGGGUCUGCAUCUUGAGACAAGAGGUGAGCUAUAUUUGUUGCCACUUUGAUGCUGUAAUAUGUAUGGAUGUAUGUUAUAUUAAUGAUUAUUAUUACUUUCUCCUUUGUCCUAUUACAUGGGAAAAUGCUGUUUAUAAAUAUCUAUACAAAUUUCAUUAUAACUGUAAAAGAUGGACAGUAUUCAUUUUAAAUGUUUCAAAGCAACCAAAAUAUAAAGAGAUGCUAUCUAAGGUAUGUGUUAGUGUUUGACCUUGUUUGUUAACUUGAUGUGUUUCUAUAGUAAAUAUAUCCCAAUACAAAUGUAAGUAUAGGCCAAUGCAUUUCAAAGUCACUGUUAUAAGAUCUUUCAUGACAGAUGCUGACCAAGCACAUGGAGCACUAUUCUAGUAGGGUUUUCGUUCACAUCAGCAGAAGAGUAGUGUGAACUCAGUUGUGUUCUGUAUGUGUGUGUGUGUGUGUGUGUGUGUGUGUGUGUGUGUGUGUGUGUGUGCACAC